GGAUCAGAGAAGAACCAUCUCUUAGUACCUUGUGCAUUUGUGCUUUCAGCCAACCUUCCUAACUCAAAAUGUGUGACGACGAUGUUGCCGCUCUUGUCGUGGACAAUGGCUCCGGUAUGUGCAAAGCCGGUUUCGCCGGAGACGAUGCCCCAAGGGCCGUCUUUCCCUCCAUCGUCGGAAGACCCCGUCACCAGGGUGUGAUGGUUGGUAUGGGCCAAAAGGACAGCUAUGUCGGAGAUGAGGCUCAGUCCAAGAGAGGUAUCCUCACUCUCAAGUACCCCAUUGAGCACGGUAUUGUCACCAACUGGGAUGACAUGGAGAAGAUCUGGCAUCACACCUUCUACAAUGAGCUGCGUGUUGCCCCCGAGGAGCACCCCGUCCUUCUCACAGAGGCUCCCCUCAACCCCAAGGCCAACAGAGAGAAGAUGACCCAGAUCAUGUUCGAAACCUUCAACACACCAGCCAUGUACGUCGCCAUCCAGGCUGUCCUGUCCCUGUACGCUUCCGGUCGUACCACAGGUAUUGUGUUGGACUCUGGUGAUGGUGUCACCCACACUGUCCCCAUCUACGAGGGUUAUGCCCUUCCCCACGCCAUCAUGAGAUUGGAUCUCGCUGGCCGUGAUCUCACCGACUACCUCAUGAAGAUCCUGACCGAGAGGGGUUACAGCUUCACCACCACUGCCGAGAGAGAAAUCGUCCGUGACAUCAAGGAGAAGCUGUGCUAUGACGCCCUUGACUUCGAGCAGGAGAUGCAGACCGCUGCCUCAUCCUCUUCCCUGGAGAAGAGCUACGAGCUUCCCGACGGCCAAGUCAUCACCAUUGGCAACGAGCGUUUCAGGUGUCCCGAGGCCAUGUUCCAGCCAUCCUUCCUGGGUAUGGAAUCUGCUGGUGUCCACGAGACCACCUUCAACUCCAUCAUGAAGUGCGACGUGGACAUCCGUAAGGACCUCUACGCCAACACUGUCCUCUCAGGAGGAUCCACCAUGUUCCCUGGCAUCGCCGACCGCAUGCAGAAGGAGAUCGUCGCCCUUGCUCCUCCCACAAUGAAGAUCAAGAUCAUUGCCCCACCAGAGAGGAAAUACUCCGUAUGGAUCGGUGGCUCCAUCCUUGCCUCCCUGUCCACCUUCCAACAGAUGUGGAUCUCCAAGCAAGAGUACGAUGAGUCCGGCCCAUCCAUUGUCCACAGGAAGUGCUUCUAAAUUAAGACCUUAAGACAAUCUAAAACUUUAAGAUCUGAAUAUUCAUGAUGCUGUUAUUAUCCAAUCCUACGCAUAAACACUUUCUUGCUUCUCUUACCCAAAGAUAUUAAGUCUGGAGUCACCAACACCAAGUGCAAGAAAUUUCGUAAGAUUAGAUAAUGAAGCCAGAAUGCUCAAAGAUUUACUUGAUCAGUGCAAUUUGUGGAGCCAAAUGCACAGGGCUUGAAGAUCUAAAGCCUCUCCUUCUAAGGUGCUACAGCUCUGAUCCAGUUCUGAAUAUCUCGAACAUCUCAUUUCAUGAUUACUGCUUUUGUUUAUUACUUACACAUGUACAUUGUUGUUCAACUGUAUUUUUUAUACAAUGUUAAUAAAUUGUCAAAAAUGAA